UCCGGAAGUAAUAAGCCUCCAUUGGGUCAACGAAAGCGCGACGCAGCACCUUUCAUUGUCACAAAGAAGACGCCACCAUGCCGCCUGGGCCUGUUCAAAUAGUUCAGCCGGAGCCGAACAUCAAGAAUGACGCUGCAGUUGAAGAAACCCCGGCCACUAAACCCAUCGUUGGUAUUAUAUAUCCACCUCCUGAGGUCCGAAACAUUGUCGACAAGACGGCUAGCUUUGUUGCCAGAAAUGGGCCUGAGUUUGAAGCAAGAAUCCGUCAGAAUGAGAUCAACAAUCCAAAAUUUAAUUUCCUCAACCCAAAUGACCCCUACCAUGCCUACUACCGACACAAAGUCAAUGAAUUUAAGGAGGGCAAAGGACAAGAACCAUCUGCAGCUGUGCCUAAGGUUAUGCAGCAGGCCAUGCAGCAGUCCCAGCAGCUUCCUCAAAAAGUGCAGGUGAUUCAAGAAACCGUGGUCCCCAAAGAACCCCCUCCUGAGUUUGAGUUCAUUGCAGAUCCUCCAUCGAUCUCAGCGUUUGAUCUGGAUGUUGUGAAGCUCACGGCCCAGUUUGUGGCUCGCAAUGGCCGCCAGUUUCUCACUCAGCUCAUGCAGAAGGAACAGAGAAACUACCAGUUUGACUUUCUGCGGCCACAGCACAGCCUUUUUAACUACUUCACCAAACUGGUUGAACAGUACACCAAGAUUCUGAUCCCUCCCAAAGGCCUACUGAACAAGCUGAAGAGAGAAUCAGAGAAUCCAAGAGAGGUCAUGGACCAGGUGAGGUACCGUGUUGAGUGGGCAAAGUUCCAGGAGCGUGAGCGGAAGAAGGAGGAGGAGGAAAGAGAGAAAGAAAGAGUAGCUUACGCUCAAAUCGACUGGCAUGACUUUGUAGUGGUUGAGACGGUGGAUUUCCAACCCAACGAACAAGGCCACUUCCCCCCACCCACCACACCUGAGGAGCUCGGUGCUCGCAUCCUGAUCCAGGAGCGCUAUGAGAAGUAUGGCGAGAGUGAGGAGGUGGAGAUGGAGGUUGAGAGUGAGGAUGACGAUGAUGAACGGGAGGUUCGUAACGCAGGCCAGCCCUCACAACCAGAUCAAGACACACAAGUGCAGGACAUGGAUGAGGGUUCUGAUGAUGAUGAUGAUGGCAUGAAGGCUCCUCUGCCGCCAGACAGCCCGAUGCCACCACCACUGCCCCCGACUCCAGACCAGGUUAUCAUUCGCAAAGACUACGACCCCAAAGCCUCCAAGCCUCAGCCCUCAAUCUCAACUCCAGAUGAGUACCUCAUCUCUCCAAUUACUGGUGAGAAGAUCCAGGCCAGUAAGAUGCAGGAGCACAUGCGUAUCGGUCUGCUGGAUCCACGCUGGCUGGAGCAAAGGGACCGCAGCAUCAGAGAGCGGCAAACGGAGGAUGAAGUCUACGCUCCUGGUUUGGAUAUCGAGAGCAGCUUGAAACAGCUGGCGGAGAGGCGUACUGAUAUCUUUGGUGUGGAAGAGACGGCCAUUGGUAAGAAGAUUGGUGAAGAAGAGAUCCAGAAGCCGGAGGAGAAGGUUACUUGGGAUGGCCACUCAGGAAGCAUGGCUCGUACCCAGCAGGCUGCACAGGCCAACAUCACCCUGCAAGAGCAGAUCGAAGCCAUUCACAAGGCCAAAGGAUUGGUGGGAGAAGACGAUACUAAAGAGAAAAUUGGUCCAAGUAAGCCCAGUGAAAUUCAUCACCCACCUCCCAUGGCCUCCUCUCAAGGCAUGUUGCCCAAACCCGGUCCUCCACUCACAGCGAUGUCACGCCCACCGUCCUCUUUGGCUCCUCAAGUCCGCACCACUCUCCUGUCUGCUGUACCUGUAAUGCAGAGGCCUCCUGUGUCUCCUGUGGUGCGCCUUGGCCCAGGACAAGUUUUAACACAGAUGCCCCCCAUGAUUCCUGCUCCCCGCAUCAAUGUGGUCCCCAUGCCACCAUCAGCACCUCACCUUAUGGCCCCCAGACCGCCUCCUAUGGUGGUUCCAACAACAUUUGUCCCUGCUCCUCCUGUGCCACAACCCCCAAGCGCUGCUCCUGCACCACCAAUCCACCCACCCCCACCUCAUGAGGACGAGCCGGUCAGCAAGAAGAUGAAGACGGAAGACAACCUUAUGCCAGAAGAGGAGUUUCUUCGUAGAAAUAAGGGUCCUGUGGCUGUUAAAGUACAGGUUCCCAACAUGCAGGACAAGACUGAAUGGAAGCUGAAUGGCCAAGUGUUGAAUUUCACUGUUCCACUCACAGAUCAGGUGUCUGUUAUUAAAGUCAAGAUCCAUGAAGCCACAGGCAUGCCAGCAGGAAAACAGAAGCUGCAGUAUGAGGGCAUUUUCAUUAAGGAUUCCAACUCCCUGGCUUAUUACAACAUGAGUAAUGGAUCCAUCAUUCACUUGGCACUGAAGGAGAGAGGUGGAAGAAAGAAGUGAGCCAUGCAGCAAGAAGAACAAGAUUUGACUCAUCAAAGAUUUGUCUCUGCUGUCAUGUUAUUUUACUAAAAUUACUUUUUCCAGUCCUAUAUCUUUGGCAUUUCCUACAAACUGUAAUGCUUUUCCAAGAGUCUAAUGAAUUAAACUGUACACUAGCUGUUGGGCAUAGCUUCAUACUGUCUCAUCAGCUUUAGAUUUGUUCAGGCUGAUAUAGUUAUUUAGAAACAUGUACGAAUAUGUAAACCCCCAUAAUGUUCAGUCGUUUAAAUAAAGGAAUAAAAACAA